UGGACCCGGUCUGCAGCCGAGCCGGUAAUAUGCACGUGUCACUAGCUGAGGCCCUGGAGGUUCGUGGUGGACCCCUGCAGGAGGAAGAAAUAUGGGCUGUAUUAAAUCAAAGUGCUGAAAGUCUCCAAGAAUUAUUCAGGAAAGUAAGCAUAGCUGAUCCUGCUGCCCUUGGCUUUAUCAUUUCUCCAUGGUCCCUGCUGUUGCUGCCAUCUGGUAGUGUGUCAUUUACAGAUGAAAAUAUUUCCAAUCAGGACCUUCGAGCAUUCACUGCACCAGAGGUUCUUCAAAAUCAAUCACUAACUUCUCUCUCAGAUGUUGAAAAGAUCCAUAUUUAUUCUCUUGGAAUGACAUUGUAUUGGGGGGCUGAUCAUGAAGUACCUCAGAGCCAACCUAUCAAGCUUGGAGAUCAUCUCAACAGCAUACUGCUUGGCAUGUGUGAGGAUGUUAUCUAUGCUCGUGUUUCUGUUCGGACUGUGCUGGAUGCCUGCAGUGCCCACAUUAGAAAUAGCAAUUGUGCACCUUCGUUUUCCUACGUGAAACAGUUGGUAAAACUGGUUCUGGGAAAUAUUUCUGGGACGGAUCAGCUUUGCUGUAACAGUGAACAAAAGCCUGAUCGAAGCCAGGCUAUUCGAGACCGAUUGAGAGGAAAAGGAUUACCAACAGGAAGAAGCUCUACUUCUGAUGCACUAGACAUACACAAGUCUCCAUUCUCUCAUCAGACCUUUCUAAACAAAGGGCUUAGUAAAUCUAUGGGAUUUCUGUCCAUCAGAGACACACAAGAUGAGGAAGAUUAUUUCAAGGACAUUUUAUCAGAUAAUAAUUCUGGACACGAAGAGUCUGAAAAUACCUGCUCUCCUUACCAGUUCAAAACUAGUAGCCCAGAAAAAAAAGCUAUCCCUGGCAUUGAUGUGCUUCCCAAGAAGAAGAUUUGGGCUUCCUCCAUGGACUUGCUCUGCACAGCCGACAGGGACUGCUGUCCGGGGGAGGCCGGCGGGCCCCCUCGCUGUCCCCCGGGGGCAGUAACGGCGCGGACCGCCACGGCGCCCAGGAGAAAGGAGGCCAGGUACUCGGAUGGAAGCGUGGCCUUGGAUAUCUUUGGCCCUCAGAAGAUGGAGCCUGUGUUUCACACGCGAGAGUCGCCCACCUCCUCAGCAAUAUCAAGCGCUUUGGACCGAAUCCGAGAGAGGCAAAAGAAGCUUCAGGUUCUGAGAGAAGCCAUGAAUGUAGAAGAACCAAUUCGAAGAUACAAAACUUACCACAGUGAUAUCUUCAGUACCUCCAGUGAAAGUCCAUCCAUUAUUUCCUCUGACUCAGACUUCAGACAAGUGAGAAAAAGUGAAGCUUCAAAGAGGUUUGAAUCUAACAGUGGUCUCCCAGGAUUAGAUGAAACUCCAAGUCAAGGCCAUUCACACAGACCAAGCAGACAAUAUGAAACACCCCUUGAAGGCAACUUAAUUAAUCAAGAGAUUAUGCUAAAACGGCAAGAAGAAGAAAUGAUGCAGCUCCAAGCCAGAAUGGCCCUUAGACAGUCUCGGUUGAGCCUGUAUCCAGGAGACACAAUAAAAGCUUCCAUGCUUGACAUCACUAGGGAUCCUUUAAGAGAAAUGGCCCUCGAAACAGCCAUGACCCAAAGAAAACUGAGGAAUUUCUUUGGCCCUGAGUUUGUGAAAAUGACGAUAGAACCUUUUAUAUCUUUGGAUUUGCCACGGUCUAUCCUUACAAAGAAAGGGAAGAAUGAGGAUAACCGAAGAAAAGUAAACGUGAUGCUCCUGAGUGGGCAGAGACUGGAACUGACUUGUGAUACCAAAACCAUAUGUAAAGAUGUGUUUGAUAUGGUUGUGGCCCAUAUUGGCUUAGUGGAGCAUCAUUUGUUUGCUUUAGCUACCCUCAAAGAUAAUGAAUAUUUCUUUGUUGAUACUGAUUUAAAAUUAACCAAAGUGGCCCCAGAAGGAUGGAAAGAAGAACCAAAGAAAAAGAACAAAGCCACUGUUAAUUUUACUUUGUUUUUUCGAAUUAAAUUUUUCAUGGAUGAUGUUAGUCUAAUACAACAUACUCUGACUUGUCAUCAGUAUUAUCUUCAGCUGCGAAAAGAUAUUUUGGAGGAGAGGAUGCACUGUGAUGAUGAGACCUCUUUGUUGUUGGCGUCCUUGGCUCUCCAGGCUGAGUAUGGAGAUUAUCAAGCAGAGGUUCAUGGCAUGUCUUAUUUUAGACUGGAGCACUAUUUGCCUCCCAGAGUGAUGGAGAAACUUGAUUUAUCCUAUAUUAAAGAAGAGUUGCCCAAAUUGCAUAAUACCUACGCAGGAGCUUCUGAAAAAGAGACAGAGUUAGAAUUUUUAAAGGUCUGCCAAAGACUGACUGAAUAUGGAGUUCAUUUUCACCGGGUGCACCCUGAGAAAAAGUCACAAACUGGAAUAUUACUAGGAGUCUGUUCUAAAGGUGUCCUUGUGUUUGAGGUUCACAAUGGAAUUCGCACGUUGGUUCUUCGUUUUCCGUGGAGGGAAACCAAAAAGAUUUCUUUUUCGAAGAAGAAAAUCACAUUGCAGAAUACAUCAGAUGGAAUAAAACAUGCCUUCCAGACAGAUAACAGUAAGGUAUGCCAGUACCUACUGCACCUCUGCUCUUCCCAGCAUAAGUUCCAGCUGCAGAUGAGAGCAAGACAGAGCAACCAAGACGCCCAGGAUAUUGAGAGAGCUUCGUUUAGGAGCCUGAAUCUCCAAGCGGAAUCCGUUAGAGGAUUUACUAUGGGACGAGCAGUCAGCACUGGCAGUCUGGCCAGCAGCACCCUGAACAAACUUGCCGUUCGACCUCUGUCAGUUCAAGCUGAGAUUCUGAAGAGGCUGUCCUGCUCGGAGCUGUCGCUUUACCAGCCAUUGCAAAAAAGUGCAAAGGAGAGGAGUGGCAAAGCUCCAUGCGAGGAAAAGCCUAGAGAGAUGAGUAAAUCGUACCACGAUCUCAGUCAGGCUUCUCUCUAUCCUCACCGGAAAAGUGUCAUUGUUAACAUGGAAUCCCCAUCGCAAACGAUUGCGGAGUUGGUAGGAAAACCAUUUCACCAGAUGGCAAGAUCUGAUACAGAAUCUCUGACAGGAGUCACAAAACUUAAUAAUUCAAAGUCUGUUGCAAGUUUAAAUAGAAGUCCUGAAAGAAGGAAACAUGAAUCAGACUCCUCAUCUUUUGAAGACCCUGGUCAAGCAUAUGUUAUAGGAAUGACUUUGCAUAGUUCUGGAAAUUCUUCAUCCCAAGUACCCUUAAAAGAAAAUGAUGUACUACACAAAAGAUGGAGCAUAGUGUCUUCACCAGAAAGGGAGAUCACCUUGGUGAACCUGAAAAAAGACGCAAAGUAUGGCUUAGGAUUUCAAAUUAUUGGUGGGGAGAAGAUGGGAAGACUGGACCUGGGUGUAUUUAUUAGUUCAAUUACUCCUGGAGGACCAGCUGACUUGGAUGGAUGCUUAAAGCCAGGAGACCGUUUGAUAUCUGUAAACAGUGUGAGCUUAGAAGGGGUCAGCCACCAUGCUGCAAUUGAAAUUUUGCAAAAUGCACCAGAAGAUGUGACACUUGUUAUCUCUCAGCCAAAAGAAAAGAUAUCCAAAGUGCCUUCUACUCCUGUGCACGUUGCCAAUGGCAUGAAAAAUUACAUGAAGAAACCUUCCUACAUGCAAGGCAGUGCUAUAGAUUCCUCUGAGGAUCACCGCUGGCCACGUGGUACCCUGAGGCAUAUCUCAGAGAGCUCGUUUGGGCUGCCUGGGGGGCUGCGGGAAGGAAGCCUGAGUUCUCAAGAUUCCAGGACUGAGAGUGCCAGUUUGUCCCAGAGCCAGGUCAACGGUUUCUUUGCCAGCCAUGUAGGUGACCGAACCUGGCAGGAAUCACAGCAUGGCAGCCCUUCCCCAUCUGUGAUAUCCAAAGCCACUGAGAAGAAGAGGACUUCUACUGACAGUAACCAAAGCAAAGCUAAAAAACCAGGCAUUUCUGAUACAACAGAUUACUCCGACCGUGGAGACUCGGACAUGGAUGAAGCCACUUACUCCAGCAGUCAGGAUCAUCAGACGCCAAAAAAGGAAUCUUCCUCCUCAGUGAAUACAUCCAACAAAAUGAAUUUUAAAACUUUUCCUUCAUCACUUCCUAAACCUGGAGAUAUCUUUGAGGUUGAACUGGCUAAAAAUGAUAACAGCUUGGGGAUAAGUGUCACGGUACUGUUUGACAAGGGAGGUGUGAAUACCAGUGUCAGGCAUGGCGGCAUUUACGUGAAAGCUGUUCUUCCCAAGGGAGCAGCCGAGCUGGAUGGUAGAAUUCACAAAGGUGAUCGUGUCCUAGCUGUCAAUGGAGUUAGUCUGGAAGGAGCUACCCAUAAGCAAGCUGUGGAAACACUGAGAAAUACAGGACAGUUGGUUCACCUGUUGUUAGAAAAGGGACAGUCUCCAGCAUCCAAAGAACAUGCUCCGGUAACCCCGCAGUGCACCCUUCCAGAUGCGGAUGGCCAAGGUCAGGUUCCAGAAAAAGUGGUGAAGAAAAAGGUUCCCGUCAAAGACUACAGCUUUGUCACUGAAGAGAAUACAUUUGAGGUAAAAUUGUUUAAAAAUAGCUCAGGCCUAGGAUUUAGUUUUUCUCGAGAAGAUAAUCUUAUACCUGAGCAAAUGAAUACCAGCAUAGUAAGGGUUAAGAAGCUUUUUCCUGGACAGCCAGCAGCAGAAAGUGGAAAAAUUGAUGUGGGAGAUGUGAUCUUGAAAGUGAAUGGAGCCUCUUUGAAAGGACUGUCUCAGCAGGAAGUUAUAUCCGCCCUCAGAGGAACAUCUCCAGAGGUGUCCUUGCUUCUCUGUAGACCUCCACCUGGUGUACUACCGGACAUUGACCCUGCUCUUUUGACCCCACUGCAUUCUCCAGCACAGGUACUUCCAAACAGCAGCAAAGACCUUUCUCAGCCAGCAUGUGCAGGGCAAGGCACCAGCUCAGACGGAAACGAGCUGCCUGACAGAAGCAAGAACGAAUGCCCAUCCUCACCCAGGAGGGACAGUUACAGUGACAGCAGUGGGAGUGGAGAAGACUCAGCGAAAGCUCCUGCAGAAAGUCCCGAUAUGAGCUGGAGUUCAGCUUUGCAUCAGACUCUAAGCAACGUGCUGCCACAGGCACAAAAUCAACACGAGGCGACCAAGAGUCAAGAAGAUGCCAUAUGUACCAUGUUUUACUAUCCUCAGAAAAUGCCCAAUAAACCAGGGUUCGAGCACAGUAAUCCUCCUUCCCCUCUACCACUGGAUGUGACUCCUGGGCCACCCCAAACAGACUCUGUUUCCACUAAUUUAAUAGAUAAAUACCAUAUACGUCACACUUCUGAACCAACUAGACAAGAAAGCUUGACAUCUUUGAAAAAUGAUUUGGAAAACCACCUUGAAGACUUAGAACUGGAAGUAGAGCUCGUCAUUACCCUAAUUAAAUCGGAAAAAGGAAGCCUGGGUUUUACAGUAACCAAAGGUAAUCAGAGUAUUGGUUGUUAUGUUCAUGAUGUCAUUCAGGAUCCAGCCAAAAGUGAUGGAAGGCUAAAACCCGGGGACCGGCUCAUAAAGGUUAAUGAUACAGAUGUUACAAACAUGACUCACACAGAUGCAGUGAAUCUGCUCCGAGCUGCACCCAAGACAGUCAGAUUAGUUCUUGGAAGAGUUCUAGAAUUACCCAGGAUGCCAGUGCCACCUCACUUGCUACCUGACAUUACAUUAAUGUGCAACAAGGAGGAGUUGGGUUUUUCCUUAUCUGGAGGUCACAGCAGCCUUCAUCAAGUGGUAUAUAUUAGUGAUAUCAAUCCGAGGUCAAUCGCAGCAAUUGAGGGUAAUCUUCAGCUAUUAGACAUCAUCCACUAUGUGAAUGGAGUCAGCACACAAGGCAUGACCUUGGAAGAAGCUGAGAGAACAUUAGACAUGUCGCUUCCUUCACUGGUGUUAAAAGCAACAAGAGAUGGUCAGCCAGUGAUCCCAAGUUCCAAGAAGUCUGCCAUUUCAACUCCAAAGUCAACCAAAGCCAAUGGUCACCACAGUGUGGAGCCUUGUGGCAAGCCUGCCCUCACUCCUAAUGAUUCGUUCUCUAAGGUUAAUGGGGAAGAAAUAAUUGAAGUUUUGUACCCUGAAGGAAAAUGUUCUACUGAUCAGAUGAAGGGAUCAGCAAAUUUGAUUCUGUCCAAAGAGUCUGAUGCGCAGGAGGAUGAUAUCUACGACGACCCUCAGGAAGCCGAGGUGAUCCAGUCCCUGCUGGAUGUUGUGGACGAGGAAGCCCAGAACCUCCUAACCCAAACCAGCGCGGCGGGCAACGCCUGUGCCCCAGGCGCACUGCGAGCCAAUGGGAAGCUAUCUGAAGAGAGAGCAGAAGACACAGACUGUGGUGGAUCGCCUUUACCUGAGGAUUUUACGGAGUCUACCAAAAUGAAUGGCUGUGAAGAAUAUUGUGAAGAAAAAGAAAAAAGUGAAAAAUUAAUUCAAAAGUCACAAGAAAGGAGAACUGAUGAUGAUGAAAUAACAUGGGGGAGUGAUGAACUGCCAAUAGAGACAACAAACCACGAAGAUUCCAAUAAAGAUUAUGCCUUUCUGACAAAUGAGGAGCUCACUGCACUUCCCAUCGUCAAUGUGCUUCCCUCUGGUAAAUACACUGGUACCAAGUUGAAAUCAGUCAUUCGAAUGUUGCGGGGUUUGCUAGAUCAAGGAAUUCCUUCCAAGGAGCUGGAGAAUCUUCAAGAAUUAAAACCUUUGGAUCAGUGUCUAAUUGGACAAACGAAGGAAAACAGAAGGAAGAACCGAUAUAAAAAUAUACUUCCCUAUGAUGCUACAAGGGUGCCUCUCGGAGAUGAAGGCGGAUAUAUCAACGCCAGCUUCAUUAGGAUACCAGUAGGGAAAGAAGAGUUCGUUUACAUCGCCUGCCAGGGGCCUCUCCCUACAACUGUUGGCGACUUCUGGCAGAUGAUUUGGGAACAGAAUUCCACAGUGAUAGCCAUGAUGACCCAAGAAGUAGAGGGGGGAAAAGUCAAAUGCCAGCGCUACUGGCCUAACAUCCUCGGGAGAACGACCAUGGUCAACAACAGGCUUCGGCUGGCGCUGGUGAAAAUGCAGCCGCUGAAGGGCUUUGUAGUGAGAGCACUGACCCUGGAAGAUAUUCAGACACGAGAGGUGCGACACAUUUCACAUCUGAAUUUCACCGCCUGGCCGGACCAUGAUACCCCUUCGCAGCCAGACGACUUGCUCACCUUCAUCUCUUACAUGAGACACGUUCACAGGUCAGGGCCAAUCAUCACCCACUGCAGCGCUGGCAUCGGGCGUUCGGGGACCCUGAUAUGCAUAGAUGUGGUUCUAGGACUAAUCGGUCAAGAUCUUGAGUUUGACAUCUCUGAUUUAGUACGCUGCAUGAGACUACAGAGGCAUGGGAUGGUUCAGACAGAGGAUCAAUAUAUUUUCUGCUACCAAGUCAUCCUUUAUGUGCUGACACGUCUUCAAGCUGAAGAAGAACAGAAAGAGCAGCCGCAGCCUCUGAAAUGACCUGGGAAGAUCAGCCUCUUGGACCCUUUCUGGCCCUCGCCUUAGCUUCCAGCAGACUCUGAUUCGUCACCAACGGAGACGGCGCAGCAGGUCCGCACAGUAUCAUGUUCAUUCUCCUCUACCUUGGAGGGGCGUCAUCCCUGACAGUGCGAUGUCGAAAUGCUGUAUUUUUACAGCUACUUUAACACAAUAAUUAUUUUUUAAAAUGUUAACACUAAGUGAAUAAUGCAGCUCUUAGGGUCAGUUAAGGCAGCAUUUGAUUAUAGUGGACAUUCUUACAGGGACACACUGAGUCUAUUUUUAAUGUACCAAUCUUGUUUAUAGAAAAAUUCUUUUCCAGUAUUUUAAUAAAGUAGUUAUUUUAUAGGGGGUACUUAAAACCAGUAUUUAAGCUUUAAAUGGCAGUAGUGUUGGCAUAGAAAAAAAGUAGCAAAUGUUUACUGUAUCAAUUUCUAAUGUUUACUAUAUAGAAUUUACUGUAAUAUAUUUAUAUACUUUUUCAUGAAAAUUGGAGUGCUCAGAUUAUUUGUAACUGUAUCACCUCUUUGUUAUGUAUCAUCUCACUUUGUAAAUAAAAAUACACCUUAAAACAUGAACAA